AAAGCGGCAUUUUACCAUAAAGUAGCAUUCAUUUGAAGACCAAUUACCCUGACCAUGCCAGGGACAGAAGAGGUCCACUCCCCCCCCUCCACUGCCACUGGCUCCGAUUUAGUAGCCAGCUUGUUGACUGUGGGUCGGACCCUGCUGCUCCUUUUGCCAGUAUACUUAUGUGGCUACCUGGGGAUGAGUAUAGUCUUUGUGAUCCUUGGUCUGGUGGUGUACUUGGGCUGGAAGGCUACCCGAGAAAGUAAAAGGAUCAGUCUCAAGUCUGCGUUUGAAGCUUUACAGAAUGAAGAAGCCAUCAUGGCUAGCAGGAUAUUUAUGACCAAGAGAGAAUUACCAUCCUGGGUCACGUUCCCUGAUAUAGAGAAAGCUGAAUGGCUAAACAAGUUUCUGUCACAAAUGUGGCCAUUUAUUGGCCAGUACUUGGAAAAGCUGCUAACAGAUACUAUAGCCCCUGCAGUCCGCUCAUCAAAUACUCACCUGUCAACCUUCUACUUCACCAAAAUCAACGUUGGAGAGAAGGCGCCAAAGGUGAUCGGCGUGAAAGCUCACACUGAACAAGGCAAGAAUCAGAUAAUCCUGGACCUGCAUCUCAGUUACGUUGGCGACAUGGAAAUCGAUGUAGAAAUAAAGAAAUAUUUUUGUAAAGCUGGAGUUAAAGGGGUGCAGUUACAUGGAAUGCUGCGUGUUAUUUUGGAACCACUAAUUGGCGAUAUUCCUAUCAUUGGCGCAAUAACGAUAUUCUUCAUCCGACGGCCGAUGUUGGACUUAAACUGGACUGGGCUCACAAACCUGCUUGAUAUCCCUGGACUCAAUACCAUGUCGGACACCAUGAUCAUGGACCUGAUUUCUGGGUACUUGGUGCUGCCAAAUCGCCUGGCUAUUCCUUUAGCAAAGGACCUUCACAUGGCAGAGCUGCGUGCCCCCUUACCAAGGGGCAUUGUUCGUAUCCAUCUGUUGAGAGCCCGGGAUCUAAGUGCAAAGGACUUCAAGGUGAAGGGCUUGAUUGCCGGGAAGUCAGAUCCUUAUGCUAUUGUUCGCGUGGGGACUCAGGUGUUCACCAGCCGGAUUAUUAAUGAGAAUCUUAAUCCUGUCUGGAAUGAGAUGUAUGAGGCCAUCGUACAUGAGGUGCCUGGCCAGGAGCUGGAGGUGGAGCUGUUUGAUAAAGACCCCGAUCAGGAUGACUUCCUGGGCAGGAUGAAGUUAGACCUGGGUGAAGUGAAGAAAGCUGGUAUUCUUGACAAGUGGUUCACUGUUACUAACACAAAGACAGGCCAGGUACACCUCCGACUCGAGUGGCUCACUCUUAUGUCUAAUGCUUCGCAACUUGAGCAGAUCAUGAAGAUUAACAAAGAGAUUUCUUCGAAAACAACAGGAGAACCAUCUGCAGCCAUCUUGAUCAUUUACCUGGAUAGAGCACAAGACCUACCUCUCAAGAAGGCAAUGAAGGAACCAAACCCAAUGGUGCAGCUGUCCAUACAAGACAUGACCCAGGAGAGCAAGACUGUACACAAUACCAGCUCUCCUGUUUGGGAAGAGCCUUUCCGCUUCUUCCUUCGUGACCCGAGUCUGCUUGACCUGGACAUACAGGUGAAAGAUGAUGACCGCCAGCACUCUUUGGGAUCGCUGACUCUACCGCUUGCUCGGGUACUUUGUGCCGAUCAUCUGACGUUAGACCAGUGGUUUCAACUGGAGAACUCGGGAUCCAGAAGCAGAAUCUACUUGAAACUUGUCAUGCGGAUCCUGCAUCUGGACCCAUCGUAUGUCCCUGUGAUAACAGAGUCCGAGAGCCCUGGGGCUGAAGAGGCUGCAGUUGGAUCCAGUGUGGAUAUGCCUCCGAGACCCGAAAAAACCAGUCCCCCGGAGAAGUUUGCUACGGAGAGCUUGCUUCGUGUGUUCGUGCUUGAAGCAGAGAACCUGAUUGCCAAGGAUAACUUCAUGGGCGGCAUGAUAAAGGGAAAGUCCGACCCGUAUACCGUGAUACGAGCAGGAGGAAAAUCUGUGCGCACCAAGGUGGUGAAGGAGAAUUUGAACCCCCGCUGGGAGCAAGCGUUUGAGGUAUUGGUCACAGACAUUCCAGGACAGGACAUUGAAUUUAGUGUGUUUGAUAAAGAUAUUGACUCGGACGACUCCUUGGGAAGCUGCAAAGUCAACGUGAAGAACAUUCUGAAAAUGAAAACAAUCGAUGAGUGGCUGCCCUUGCAGGAAGUAAAAUCUGGGAGGCUUCAUGUCCGAAUUGAGUGUUUAUCUCUUCUCAUGGACGCUGCGCAGCUGGAACAGGUGCUGAUGAUAAACAGCCUAACCCAGCCGGCUAACAGCGAGGAGUUCUCUGCAGCCAUCCUCUUUGUCUAUCUGGAACGAGCCAGUGAUCUGCCGAUGCGGAAAGGUACACAAUCUCCUGCAGCAAGUGCGGAGUUAACUGUGAAGAAAGUCACUUACAAGACCAAGACAGCUUCGAAGAACACGUCUCCUGUGUGGGACGAAAGCUUUAUAUUCCUGAUCAAGAACCCUGCUAGCGAAACUCUACAGCUCCAGGUCCGUGAUGAGUCUCAAAAUUCUCUGGGGUCGCUUACAAUGCCAGUUUCUGAUCUCCUGACUGCCGACUGCCUAACUCUUGACAAAUGGUUUAAGCUGAGUUCAUCUGGACCUCACUGUCAGGUUCUCAUGAGACUGCAGAUGAGGAUUCUGUCCUCUCCAAAUGUCAGUCCAGAACUCCAGGCCCUCAGCCUUGCCUCUGGUGAUCCACAAAGACCCCCAAGUCCUGAAAACACGUCUGACUUUUUGCCUGCAGCGGGAGACAGCGACCCUGCUAUUUCUUCCACCCAAGGGGAUCUCCGACAGAGACUGCCUUACACAAAUAGUGAUCCCAAUUCCACGGAUUCUCCCUUGGGACAGCUUCGUGUGACGGUAUACUACCCUGCUAAAGAGGGCAGGCUUGUGGCAGUGAUUCACAGCUGCAGAAACCUGAGCCUUUCAUCCCGGGAGCCUCCUGAUCCUUACCUGUCAAUGGUUUUGCAACCAGACAAGACCCGUACAACGAAACGCAAAACCAGUGUGAGAAAAAGGACCAGCAACCCAGAAUUUAAUGAAAAGGUUGAAUGGGAGAUGUCAAUUGAAGAGGCAUCAAAGAGGAAGCUGGAAAUAUCUGUGAAAAACAGUGUGUCCUUUAUGUCUAGUAAAAAGGAGCUGCUCGGGAAGGUUUCUAUAGACCUUUCCCAAGUGGAUCUUUCAAAAGGACAGAGUCAAUGGUACGACCUGAAGGAUGAAUAAACCAAGCACCUUACAUGAGAAUGCUUUAUUUUGUGACCAAGCUCUUUGUUCCUGGCAACGCUAUUAGCUGCAUCCUGCGUCCCCUUCCGUCCGGUCCAACGUUCUGAAAACCGAGCUUAACACGGGAUGGCUAUUAAAUAUAAUAGAAGUGUAAAUCUGCAGCUGCCCCCAAUGGAGACUCUUAAUUAAAAACAGCGAGGCAAUUUGUGGGACCUGCCCUUUCGCCUUAACACGUAGUGUAACCUGCUGUAUUACCAGCAGGGGGAUUACCGGUUGUCAGAAUGAGUGCUCCAUGUAAAGACAAUAAUGCGAGUGUGUGUGAAUGUCUAAUGCCCCAUGUGUACUGUUAUUUAUAAAAUAAUUGCUUAAAGUGUAAGAGCAGGGCACAUUUGAUGCUAUGAAAACUUCACCAUGCCAAAGUACAUCAUACCACCUCAUUCUAAUGUAAUCCUUUUUAGAACACAUGCUGUGCAACACUGUGAGUUGAGUUUGUUGUGCAUCCUUUCUGAGGUGAAAUAAUCGAUAAACACUCCAGCAUACUUUUAAGUGGAUAUUGGAGUUCGUUUUGCAUGGACCCAACAUGUUUGCAUGAAAAUAAGUGCAUUUCUUUUUGACCCCCAUCUCAUCCCCUACCCCACAUUGUAGCUCUUACUUUAAUCAAGGCGUGUGCUUAAGGCUGUUUCCGACACAUGCACUGCAGCGUCUGUGCUAAAGUCAGUGGAAGCUCAGCUCCCAUAUUUGUUCAGCUCCCUUUGACACCCCUGUGUUCAGUAGAAGCUAAACAUAAAAUAAAAUACAAAAAAAC